AUAGGACCCCAACCUCCAGCCCAGGGGCUACAGUGCCAGUUAGGCAGGGAUCCAGGGAAGCAGGUUUCCUUUCAGCUCUCUGCAAAGCUGGGAGAUGGGGCUGCCUCGCAUGGUCAUGAUCGUUGCCCUCUGGGUCCAGAUCCUGCUGCAAACGCCUCAGGUGGAAAGCCAGGAGUUCAAGAUGACCAUGGAGUACAAUGCUUUCGAUGACCAGUAUACGGGAUGUGAAAAAAAAAUGGAUUCCAAAGCUCCCCAACUCCUGAAGGGUGAAAAGAGGGGCAACAAAGUCCUCCGUGAUGCCUGGGACAGCGCAGAGACCAAGUGGCAGAAAGAGAUCAAGAAGAAGGUGUCUCCCCUCCCCCCUGGCUUCAAAAAGCAGUACGGGAUAGCGGUCAUUAUGUACACCAAUAAAACCUUUAGUAAAGACUUCAACAGGGCCGUGUGGACAAACGGAAUGUCUUUGGAGGACUAUAAGAAAAAAUUUAACUAUAAAGCCAUCCACUUCUAUCUGACCAGGGCCCUGCAGCUCCUGCCAAAGGUCAACUUCACCACAAAGCUUUAUCGGGGCUCUCAGGUCAAGUUCACUCACAGAGGGACUGGCCCCAUGCGCUUCGGACAGUUUUGUUCCACCUCCCAGGAUCGUUCGAUAAGUGAGAAUUUUGGUACACGCACCUUCUACACCAUCCAUGCCUGCUUGGGGGUGUCCAUCAAGAAGUUCUCAUAUUUCCCAGAAGAGGAGGAAGUGCUGAUUCCAGGGACUGAAGUCUUCCAUGUUUCAGCAAAGAAAGGGAACGGGGCUUUCAUCCUGAAGAGUACAAGCAAGCCUUUAUCCUGCUUCAACUGUGCCCUCUUGGGAAAUGAGAAAAAUGCUGCUUGCAAAUCAGCUCAUCAGGUGAAGUGGUCCCCAGCCAUCUGACCCUGCCGCUUCUCCCUGGGCUCCUCAUCCUGCUCCUUGGCUCAGAGUUGGACCUCUCGAUCCCCAUUGUGUGUCAGCCCGAAGCCACUCAGCUCAG